GCCGCCAUGUUGAAAUGUUUCCCCUUUCCCCUUGUUCACUGAGCUCAACAGCAGUCAUCGGCUCUCGUUUUCCAGCAGGAGAUAACAACAACAUUAGAGACAUGGAGAUAGACACACUUCUGGAAGCUCUUAAAGAUUUUGAGAAGAAGGGCAAGAAGGAAGUGUGUCCGGUUCUGGACCAGUUUUUGUGCCAUAUGGCAAAGACUGGGGAAACCCUGGUGUCAUGGUCUCAGUUCAAAAGCUACUUCAUAUUUAAACUAGAGAAAGUAAUGGAGGAUUUCCGAGAAUCGGCUCCGGAGCAGAGAGGACCAGCAAACCCCAACGUGGAGUCGAUACCUUUUGAAGAAAUGAAGGAGAGGAUUCUUAAGAUUGUUAAUGGAUAUAGUGGGAUUCCAUUUACCAUCCAGCGCUUAUGUGAACUUCUCACAGAACCCAAGAGGAACUACACAGGAACAGAGAAAUUCCUCAGAGGGGUUGAGAAGAAUGUGAUGGUGGUCAGUUGUAUCUAUCCAGCAUCUGAGAAAAACGGUUGCAGUGGAGUAAACCGAAUGAAUGGAGUCAUGUUAUCAGGGAACACAUCCGCCUUUACAGAGAGGAAAGUGAAUGGUCCAGGAACCCCCAGGCCAUUAAACAGACAGAAACACUCCAUGUCCGGUUCACUGGCCACAAACGGCCUUCCAGACAGCACAGAAAACAAAGAGCCAAACACAUCACCGGGACACAGCCAAACACCCAGUGAUUCAUCAUCAUCAGGCACCAGUGGUCCUCUUGGUAACUCGGUGAAGAACAAACAUUUAGAUGAUGAAGAGGAGGAGGGAAUGGAAGAGGAAGAACAUGAAGUAAAGAGACUCAAAUUCAACCAGGAUGAGGAGAAGGACAUAGAUGAUGCAGAUGAGCAGGCGGAGGGGCACAGAUCUACGCCGUCUGAGAGUUCUUCGGAUAAAUCGGAAGAUGCCGACUCGCCCGUGUCUAUGUCGCAUGAUACUAAUGAAGAAGAGGAUGGUAACCUUGCUUCUUCAGCCAGCAGUUGUGAGGACCAAGAGCCUUCCAGCACACAGUCCGAGUGUACGGCCGCCGAUUCUUGUGAGGCUUUUGCUGAGCGAGAGGUUCCCAGUGGCUCAGACUCUACUGUGGAGGAGCCCAGCGAUAUGGACCAAUCAGAGCAGAGAGCCCCGGCAGGCGUGGCCUCUAGCCCUGAGGUGAGAGAAGGGGAGGAGCCAAACGAGCAGGUCAGCAGCAGCAGCGGCACUGAUGAAAAUGCCUCUGGACCAACAUCCAGCAGCAGUAGCGCAGACUCUCCUACAGAGGGCGACUCUGGGUCAGGGGCUCAGGACUCUGAAAGCCCUGAGGAGGAGGAGCCUAUGGAACAAGACUAAAGGCUUGCUGACUCCUACCCUGUACAACAACCGUACACUGUAUUGUGGAAAUUAAGACGACACACACUUAAGUGGCCUUAAAGGCUAUCGAAAGCAACACCUGACCUACCACCACGCGCCUUCUGGUGGACGCUCACCUUUUCCAACGUUCCCAAAUGGACACUUUAUGCAGAUGUACAUAGGAUUUUAUUUCUGAAGUGAAGGUUUUAAACUGAAUAGUUUUGUACACAGUUUUCUUCCCUAAUUUCAUGACGUGGCUGUCUGCUUUUUGGGGAGGCUAAAAUUAGUUUGGGUUCAACCAUCAGUGGUGAUGAUCCCCGAACAGUUAACUUUAGUUUUAGUCCAGGAAAGUGGUCCUGUUUUAUGUUGUAAGCUUUAGGUUGUCAGGGACACAGUCUAGGACGUAUCUCUUCUGCAUCGGUUUGUUAAUAUUUUGGUCACACGGCGUCCGACAGCAUAAAAGUGGAGUUUAUGGUCUUGCCCUGAGCAAUGGGUUUCUUUAUAGACCCAUAACGGGUACACUGUUCAGAGAUUACGUUCCAAACCAAAACAAGCCAUAACCACAGCUCUAUUAAAUAAUUCAGACAGUAGCCUUGUUUUAGUUUUAACAUAUAUUUCCUUUCUAGUCUAAAUUUGUGUUGUGUGUAACUGACAGAGAGGACGUUGAAUUCGUUUUUUCAACCUCUCCUGCGUUUUACGUCAGGUACAUUUACCUCUCGAAAGAUUCAUGCUGAUUUCAUGAUUUACAUUAAUUUAUACCAGCAUUUCAAUGAAAGCUGUUUGGUUAUUUAUGACUGCUGCAGUCAUUCGUAACAGUACAAUCCCGGGUUGUCUCGCUGGCUGCUGUUUUGCAGCUGUACAUUUUUGAUAUUCAGAAUUUUUAAAUUUCUGUAAAGUAGUGUUUUGUAGAGCAUUGUGUUUUCUGCCCUUGGUGCAUCCAUAUAUAAUUGUAUUAAUUUUUUCUGUGUAUACUGAAUGCGUGUGGUUUCAUUACAGUAUUCAGAAGCAAUAAAUGUUAUGGUUUUAAAUGUU